UAAUUCAUGUGUUUAAUGUUGUCUCUGCAGCUUUACUUCAAAGCAACAGACCCAUUCAGUGAGCGGUGGCAGAGUGCUUGGAUCAUCACUGCUUUCUGGGACAUUCUUGCAUUUGCAUUGCUCUGUGUUAUUUGCUAUCUCUGGGCACCUUCUCAAAGCUCUCAAAGGUAUGCCUACUCUGAAGAAUUAGGAGAAGAAUUUGACCAGGAAGAAGCUCAAUCUCUUACCCGAGAAAAGCCAGAUGGCGACAUUAGUUUAGUUGAAAAGAAAGAUAAGAGUGCUGGAGGCACUCUUGUUUUUGAUGAAGAUGGCGAGGCCGAAGAGGAUAAGAGAGAGUGAUCAGCUGAAAGAUUACAUUUUAGCAAACCUUAUUGAGCAGAGCAAAAUCAUUCUAUCGAUUAGAGCUCAGAGGUGAUUAUCUAUCUGUUUUCUGUGCGCUCUGUGAGCAACAUCCCUUUCACUUGGUCUCCAGAUAUCGAAAUGUCGCCAGGGUUCUUGUUCCUCUUCACAAGAUUAGCAUUCUUUUUUCCCCACUGCUGAUGCAUGGCUAGGGCUGGGCCCGCAAACUGCUAUCAGAGAUACUGUAAAUGCUGGUUUAAAACUACAAAUAUUGGAUCUCCAUGCUUAGCUGAAGCGUGUAUCAUAGUUGAUCUACUGACUUGUGAUGCUCUAGAAAUCCUAGGCAUGUAACGUAUUUUCCAUGUGGUUACGAGAUAAACAAGUUUGCACUGUAUUUAAGGCGCACAGUUAAAUCUUUUGUUUUGU